UGCUGGAACUAAGCUUUGAAUUGGCUACUAUUGCAGGCUUACUCGUCAAGCAAUUCUCUCUUUAUAUACCUCUCUAUAAAUGGAGUACCACCACGUUCAUUCAUAAACCAUAAACAAGCCUACCAAUUUCAAAUGGCAGAAGAAGUGAAGCUGAUUGGCGCCUGGGCUAGUCCUCUCUCUCGCAGAAUAGAACUAGCCCUGAAACUAAAAGGGAUCAAGUAUGAGUACAUAGACGAAGACCUCCCCAACAAGAGCCCUUUGCUCCUUAAGUAUAACCCUGUUCAUAAAAAAGUUCCUGUCCUCGUUCACAAUGGCAAAGGUAUCUCAGAAUCACUUGUCAUUCUGGAAUAUAUUGACGAGACCUGGACGCACAAUCCUAUCCUGCCUAAAGAACCUUAUCACAGAGCCGUAGCUCGUUUCUGGGCUAAAUUCAUUGAUGAAAAGAUCUUGCAGACAGCACUCAAGAUUGGUUCUGCCAUAGCAGAGGAGAAAGAGAAGUUGAUUGAAGAAGUUCACCAUGACCUCAAGUUGCUAGAGAACGAGCUGGAAGUCAAAGAAAAGGAAUUCUUUGGAGGAUUGGAAAUAGGGUACCUAGACAUUGCGGCAUUUUUUAUAGGGCAUUGGCUUCAAGUUCGCCAAGAAGUUAUGGAAAUAGAGCUGAUCCAUGAAGAGAAACAUCCACAUUUAUGCAAAUGGCUGGCAAAGCUUCUAAAGAUUGAUGUGGUGCAUGGAUGCGUGCCUCCAAAAGAAAAACAUAUUGCUUUUAUGAAAGCUCGAAUUGAAGCUGCCAAGUUUUCUUCCAAGUAAUUAGAACUAGCUUUCGUCGUUAUAGUUCUUGUGUAAUUCUCAAUGCUUCUCUUUGUUUCUUUGGUUUUCAUUUUCCUUCUUUCCUCCUAUGCUGUUUUGUAAUGGAUCGUGUGCUAUGUUUCCUUGUGUUGGUUGUCUCUUCUGUUUGAAGAAUAAAAGCUUGGGUUUGUUUUGAUGUUAAAA